AUCACCAAUACCCUUUCUUCCCCCUCAUCUGCAAGAAACUUGGUUCUUCUUCAAAAUCAAAAAUCAAAAAACAAGAGAUGAACCACCAUCAGCAGCAGCAGCAGCCUACUACUACUACUACCAGCCGAACACUCCGAAUACCCUCACUCACCACCACUCGACCCAUCUCACUCAACACCACCAACAACACCCUCACCAUCAUCCCCCCAUCAUUCAACUCAUUCAACAAUGGACACUCCAUCGCCACACUCAUCAGAGAGAAACGAAGACAACAACAACAACAACAAGCUCAAACUAACUCAUCUACUACAUCAUCACCCAUCGACCGAAACAGCAAUAUCCCACUUCCCUCAUCAUCACAAGAGAGAAGACCCAGGAGUAGGCGACAGACGAGGAUCGGACCACUAGCCGACCUACACAUGACCAGCAGAUUCGACACCCUCACCCCACUCUCACUCACCACCACCACAACAGCAACAACAACAUCCACACUAACAUCCUCAUCUUCACCAGCAUCGCCAUCAGCAUCUGACCAAACUCACUCCAGGCAUAAUCCACCCAGCUUCAUCAAUCUGUUCACAAACCAAUGUCAUCCACUAGAACCUUCAGAUCCAAGACUAGCCGAAGUGGUCAUGACCCCUACAACAGAAGAAUGGUGGGCUUUCGGUGGCCUCCCUCAUAAGAGUCGCAAAAAAACUAGCUUGGAUAACACGAUCAGCGCUACGUCGAUGACCCCAACUCAAACUAAGAAUAGAGGACGAGAAGAUGAGGAAGAUGAUGAAGAGGAAGACGAAGAAGAUGACCAAGCCGACGACGACUCUGAUCACACCGGUGCUAGUAGCAAUGACUCUGACCGAUCCCCAAGCUCAUUCAAUCACCAUCACAGUCCCCAACUAGAGUCCUCAUCCUCAAUCACCACACCCGAUAAUAAUCUCGAAACUUCUAACCAUCAUCAUCAUCCCAAACAGCAACAACAGCACUCCUCAUCUCCAACUCCUUCUAUUAACCGAAUCACACCCUUGAAUAUCUGUCCGGACAUCACACCCUCCUCUACCCCUAAUUCCCCCAAGAAUCUCAUCUCUCCACUCUCCUCACCACUCGAGUUCUCCGCCGGUUUGAUCUCCACCGAGGCUGAGCCCACCCUUCCCCUACCCACCCUAACCUCAGUCAAUGGGAUUAUCAACGUCCCCUCCAGCCCGGUCGCUGAGACCUCACUGUCUCACAAACCCGAAUCUCAUCACUUCUUCCCCACCCUGACUGCCAUGUCAUCCUACUCCGUCGGUUCACCCUCCGAGCCUUCCACCGAACCUCUCACUUCCACCGCCCUUCUCUCAUCACUUCUUGACAAGGCUCCCCCAUCAACCUCCUCUCGACCCUGCUCACUGGCUCACGAUGGAAUCGUUCGAAAGACCAUCGACCCUCGCUCUUAUUCGGCCUUGACUGCUCAUCGUAACCUGGACUCGUUUGUCAUCCAUUCCUCCGCUGGCUCGGGUGCAUAUGGGAUCGUCAAACAUGCACAAGAGAAAGGAGCGGAUGGACAGCCCGUCGGACCGCCCCUGGUGAUCAAAUACAUCAUCAAACAACGCAUCCUGGCCGACUGUUGGAAGCGUCAUAAAGUCUUAGGCCCGGUCCCCAUCGAAAUUCACGUCUUGGAUCAUAUCAGGAGAGUCAACUAUCGUCCAUCCAUCAUAGCCAUGGCCACCCAAUACAUGGAAGCCAGGAAGUCAAAGGGCGAGAAGGCCUCGGUCGAAACGAUCCCCAAUCGGGCCGAUCUCAUCCAACUUUGUGCCAAGGAGACCACUCUUGCUCCAUCACAAACUCAGCAACGCACCGGACAUCCCAACAUCUGUGGAAUCCUCGACUACUUUGAAGAUUCGGAUUACUACUAUCUGGUCAUGCCUCGAUUUGGGGAUGGGAAAGACUUGUUCGAGCAUAUCGAGCUCUCGCCCGAUGGAUUACCCACCGAUGAGGCCCGGAGGAUCUUUGGCCAGAUCGUCGAUGGCGUCGCUUUCUUGCACGAGCGUAAUAUCGUCCAUCGUGAUCUGAAGGAUGAGAAUGUGAUACUCGAUCGGAAUGGGAAUGCUCAACUGAUCGAUUUCGGAAGUGCUGCUUAUGUCAGGGAGGGUAGCAAAUUCGAGACGUUUUCGGGUACACUAGAUUUUGCAGCUCCCGAGGUCCUUAAAGGAGUCCCACACGGAGGAAAAGAAAUCGAUGUGUGGGCAUUAGGGGUGAUUUUAUUUGUGCUGAUCACCGGAGAAUGUCCGUUUUGGAACCCAGAAGAAGCCGCCCAGGGGAUCGGAGAAGGAAGUCGAGCGCGGACGAAGUUAGAAAGCCAUCUGUCGAAGAAACGUCACGCCAAGGCUGGCGAUGAUGAUCUUGAAAGCCGAAGUGAGGAUGAUGAUGAUGAGAAUGGAUCGGUAUUAGAUCUGUUGAAGCAUUGUUUGCAUCUCGAGGCCCAGGCCAGACCCUCUGUUGAGCACAUCUGUUGGCACAAGUUCUUUCUUCCCUCUGCUGGCUGGUCUGGCCCCUCGAUCCCCUCGAUCGCGGAGCCUUCCCUCCCCCCUCCCGUCGUCUGA